CCCUUUUAGAGAAAACCUACCUUCCACUCAACCCUGUGAUGAACCCCAUCCGAGUUGUCAUCCUGCUAUUGUUGAACAGUCAGGCAGCCGCAUGGAUCGUCCCUCAGCCACGUCAAAACAUCUGGGUGACCCUGGCACAGACGCUACAGCAGGAAAACAUUUGCUUGUCCACUGCAGCAGCAAAAGACCCUAUGUCCACCUGUCUGGUAGGAAUUCCAUGGCAGGCUGGAGUAUUUCCAGCAGGCCUGGACACAUACAGGUCCAAUGAAAUCCCAGAGUCAUACACCCCACGACCACACAAAGAUCAGAAGCAAGUCGGGGGGAUCCUAAAAUCCUUAGAGGAGUGGUUGCGGGGUUUGCCCAAGAUAGCCCAGGAACCCCAAGAGUUAGAGCUAUUGGGUUCCUCCCCUGCAGCUUACUGUGUACACUUUGCUGUGUUCCCAAAACCUUCUAACACUGACGAAUACCACGUCAUAAAACAACACCGUGGGGAGUUCACUGCAAGGAGGUGGUGUCAGAACACAAGCCAUAUCGGGGCAGACAACCCAUCUCACUCCAACCCCAAAGGUCUCCCUAAGGGAUUGUUUUUAAUUUGUGGGGAUAGGGCAUGGGCAGGAAUUCCGUCUCGGCUUUUAGGAAGGCCAUGUACGAUCAGGAAGCUGUCCAUAUUGACACCCAACCAAACUCUAAUUGGUGAAUGGACUCACAAAAAUAAAUCGGCAAACAAAAUUCAAAAGAGGAGUGCAGACCCUUUGGACCCAAAUUGUAACUCAGAAAUUUUUCAUUGGGCCAAGUCAAAAAGAGUUGCUGUGUCCCUGUUUCUUCCGUGGGUCGCAGCAGCCAAAGCUCUAGGUGAAUUGGGCCACCUAGAGUGCUGGGUAGUCAAACAGGCAAACUUAACAUCUGCUGCCAUCAGCUCCCUCCUAGAAGAUGAGGAAAUUACCAGACAGGCCACGCUGCAGAAUCGUGCUGCAAUAGAUUUCCUUUUGCUACUGCAUGGACAUGAAUGCAAGGAAUUUGAAGGACUUUGUUGCAUGGACCUGACUUCAAAAGCUCCAAACGUCCAUGCUGCCCUUCGAAGCAUGAACAGCCUGAUUGGACAAGUGAAGCAAGAGUCUGAAGAUUGGUUUACAGAACUGUUAAAGGUGGAAGGAGUUGGCUGCAUUUGAGAGAAAACUCCACUCCUCACUAGAGAGGGCGUUUGAAGUGGUGGCACAGAGAGCGGAGGAAUCGCAGCCUCAGA